AUGACCGACCUGGAGGUUCAUCCCUACCCCCAUCGACCUUUGAGUGGCAAGCAUGAUCCAGGCCUCUGGUCGCCGACGUGGUCGAGGAAUUGGAUCGAUACUAAGAUUCUGACUAUACGGAGAUGCUCCUUCAAAGUACCCAAGUUUGGUAGGCGCAACUGCCGCUUUAGAGGUUGGAUGUCUGAUCCAAACCGCAAGGGGAUGCAAAAUGCCAAUGGGUAG